AUGGAGCCUUCCUCAGCGGCCCUUCCUCUGCCUCCUGCCCCGCUGGGUCAGCGCUCCCGGUGGUCACUGGCCGCUGGGCGGGUGGUGGCCAGCGGCGACCUGCAGUGCCCCGGCAGAGCGUGCGAGCGCUCCGCGAGCCGUGGGACCGCCGCGCACAGGCUGCGCCAGCCCCGCGCGAACCGCGCAAAGGCCGCGCAAGAUGCCUCCCCAUCUGCUCCUGAGCAGCGAUACCUCUUCGACAUCUCCAGCCUGCCCGAGGCAGAGGAGGUGACGGGUGCAGAGCUGCGGGUCUUGCGCACCCUCCCUGAAAACCGGAGCUUGGCCCUGUCCCCCGAAGGCACCUUCCACCACCUCCUCCUCUCCACCUGCCCAGGCUGGGACGGUGAGGAACCCCGGCUGCUGGACUCCAGGGCUGCAGACAUUUUGGACACGGGUUCCUCCAGAUGGGAGGUGUUUGAUGUCUGGGAAGCCCUGCGGGAUCGGAGGGAGAGAUCUCCCUCGGGCAAGGUGCUGUGCUUCCUCCUGAGGAUCGUCUCGGAUCAGUCGGGGAGGCUCCUGCCCCCCCGGCAGCUGGGGUUCAGCAAGCCCCAGCCGCAGCCCCACGAGAGAGCCCUGCUCGUGGCCUUCUCCCGUACUCAAAGGAAGGAGAACCUCUUCAAGGAGAUCCGUGAUAAGAUCAAGGCGCUGGGCAGCCCCCCCUUCCUGGAGCCCCCUGAUCCCGGCCAGGAGUUGUACCCCAAGCGGAGGAAGAGACGGACCACCAUCGCCGCCCGGUCUGGAGGCAGAGGCCACGGGAAGAAGGUGAAGACCCGCUGCAGCAGGAAGCCCCUGCACGUGAACUUCAAGGAGCUGGGCUGGGACGACUGGAUAAUUGCCCCUUUGGAUUAUGAGGCGUAUCACUGCGAGGGGGUCUGCGACUUCCCCUUGCGCUCCCACCUGGAGCCCACCAACCACGCCAUCAUCCAGACCCUGAUGAACUCCAUGGACCCGGAGUCCACGCCCCCAAGCUGCUGCGUGCCCUCCAAGCUCAGCCCCAUCAGCAUCCUUUACAUAGACUCUGGGAACAACGUGGUUUACAAACAGUACGAGGACAUGGUCGUGGAGACAUGUGGCUGCAGGUAGCAAUUUCUGCAGCUCUCCCCCUCCCCACCCUGCCCUG